AUGGCUUCCUCCUCCUCAUCGUCCAACCUCCUAUACGAUGCAUUCAUCAGUCACAGAGGCCCUGACGUCAAUACUCUUGCUAAACAGCUUUAUAAAUUUCUUCAGGAAAGAGGGUGCAGGGCAUUUCUAGACUGUGAAGAGAUAGAAGGGGAAGAUCCAUUACCCUCUGCUAUUCAGAAUGGCAUAUGUUCAUCUCGUGUGCAAAUAGCCAUUUUUUCCAAAGGAUAUGCAGAGUCCCCGUGGUGUUUAGACGAGCUGCUUCUUAUGUUACAACAAACUGAUGCUCUGUUUAUUCCUGUCUUCUAUGAUGUCCAGCCGUGGGAGCUACGCCACAUCUGGAACGUCAACUCGCAGUAUGCUGCUGCGUUUUUUGAUUAUGAAAGGCAAGGCAGGAACCUUGAUAAGCUUGGUAAAUGGUAA